GAUUUCUCCUCCGCUCGUGUUAGGAAUGGGGUGACGUCAUGCGUCCGAGGGCGUCGAACUAGCUUGACGGGGGCGUGUCCUUCUGGCUCUGACGGGCUUGACUGACAGCCCUUUUAAUACGCGAAGGGGAAAACUUACUGGAGAGUUUUAAAGACGCAUCGAUACUGUUAGCGCCGAGUCUCUGUCGCGCGCCAGUCCUGCGUGCGAUGCUAAUUACCUAUUUAUAUGCCAGGAAAGUACGCGCACAAAGAGGUUUUGCCCAUCCGACUCCUGCCAUGUGUUUUAGUCCGGGUUACGCGUACUAUGUUAAUGCAGUUACUGACCACGAUCGCGUAGAAUCUGCCGCUGCAUGUUAAAAUUACACGUCUGUAUGUAGAAGUAAACACAGGGUGCGAAUUUUUAAAAUAAUCCAGUAUAAGGUGUCGCGCGGCGCGGGUCAGUUUAACUUGAGUGCAUGCGGCCGUCCGUGUGGGUUACCCCAGCGGCGUGUCUCGACAUGCCCUGCACCCUGUCAAGUCCCGUAUACUGUACUUUCGGAUGUUAUCGCUUUAAAAGGCGAUUCCUUUCAGGGGGCAGGUCCUUUAACUGGGGUUAGGCUGUCUCACGACCAUUCAGGGCUCUAUAAGUUUUUUUGCCUGCUGCGGGCUGUCAGUAGGAGGAAUGUGGCAUGGGAUAAUUAGAUAUCGGAGCGCAUAGAUGGUGGAUGGUACCGCGGGUGAAGUAGCGAUCGUUUUGCAGGUUGCGAUUAGAACUCUUCAAAAAGAGGGAAACGGAUUAUUUUUCGCCCGAUUUAUUUUUACGUGCACGACUUACGGAGAAACUCAGAAGCUCUCGCCUGUCGGGUUAUUAAAAGGACUUCGGAGCGAAAGGGAAAUUGUCAAGAUGGCAGCGCAAGACUAGCUAGCAAAUGAUGUUUAUUCCAGGCGAUUUUUAAUUUCAAUUUAAUCAAUUCCAAGUCGAUUAAGAAUAUUAUUCCGAACUAUAAAUGUAAUGCAUAUACUUUUAUAACGUUAUUGCACAUUUUGCGCUGUCCUGUGGUUCUUAGCAUUUAUAGCUAGUUGCAUUGCAUCAGUGCAUCGCUGGAUCUUGACUGUGCACGGUAGAUACAAAGGAGCGGAUCCAUUCAAUUACGGGCAAAGUCGUAUUAAGAAUUCCUGAAGUGGCCGGUAGCUGGCUGUCUGGUGCUCUUUAUGUGUUGACUGAUCGGCGCGUCUUCGGGGACGAGAGAAAAAGAGAGAACUAAAGAUGGCAGAGGCGCCACCCCCUGACCCCCUUUCUUCACUGGACGUGGACAUAGACCCCGAUUUCGAGCCGCAGAAAAGGCCACGAUCAUGCACUUGGCCUCUGCCACGACCCGAGUCCAGCACGGGGAAACCCGAAUCGACCGACACGGACAUUAUCCCCGAGGAAGAGGACGACGAGGAGGACACCGCCGGCUCUAUGACCAUCAACGCCAAUGGUUUACUGAACAGCACCAGUAUUGCGGGGGAAGACCAGAACAGCCCAAGUACUAUAGCAGAAGAUAUAAACGCAGGCUCUGCUGGUCAGGACAAUGCAGGAUCUCCGCUCUCCUCGCAGUCCCCUCCCGCUACUGGCAGCGGCGCAGGCAGCGGUGCACCUGGAAACCAGCAGCCGAGGAAGUCCUCCUCACGCCGGAAUGCCUGGGGGAACCUCUCCUAUGCAGACCUUAUAACCAAAGCCAUAGAGAGCGCACCCGACAAGAGGCUGACCCUAUCCCAGAUAUACGACUGGAUGGUCAGAUCUGUGUCGUACUUCAAAGAUAAAGGAGACAGCAACAGCUCCGCGGGAUGGAAGAAUUCCAUCCGGCACAACCUUUCCCUCCACAGUCGCUUCAUCCGGGUCCAAAACGAGGGCACCGGUAAGAGCUCCUGGUGGAUGAUCAAUCCAGAGGGCGGUAAAGGAGGCAAGGCCCCUCGCCGGCGUGCCGUCUCCAUGGACAACAGCAACAAGUACACCAAGAGCCGCGGCCGCGCCGCCAAGAAGAAGGCUGCCCUGCAGGUGACCCAGGACGGGGUGGCCGAGAGCCCAUCUGGCAUCUCGAAGUGGCCCAACAGCCCCACGUCGCGCAGCAGCGACGAGCUGGAUGCCUGGACCGACUUCCGCUCACGUACCAACUCAAACGCCAGUACUGUCAGCAGCCGCCUGUCGCCCAUCCUGGCGAACCCUGGGCUGGAUGAAGUGCCUGACGACGAGCCUCCCCUCUCACCCAUGAUGUAUUCAAGCCCCGGAAGCCUGUCCCCGUCGGCUGGCAAGCCUUGCCCCACCGAGCUGCCUCGACUGGCUGACAUGGCGGGCACCAUGAACCUCAACGACGGCCUUGGUGAUGGCCUCAUGGACGACCUCCUAGACAACCUGACCCCGUCCCAGCAGCCAUCCCCGGGAGGCGGCAGCACUAGCGGCAGCGGAUCAGGGGGUGGGCCGGUCACCCAGAGGAGCGCGGGGUUCACAUUCGGGGCUAAAGGCAACGGGCUAGGCUCGCCAGCGGCCGGCAGCUACCCAAACUCCAUCUUCGGGCCAUCCCUGCCAUCCUCAAUGGCCAGCCUGCGCCAGCCUCCCAUGCAGACCAUCCAGGAGAACAAGCAGACCACCUUCUCUUGCAUCUCCCAUUUCGGAAACCACACGCUCCAGGAUCUGCUGAGCUCGGAGUCACACAGCCACAGCGACGUCAUGAUGACACAGUCGGACCCACUCAUGUCACAGGCCAGCGCCGCCGUGUCGUCGCAGGGUGCCCGCCGCAGCAUCAUGCUGCGCAGCGACCCCAUGAUGUCGUUCGCCGCCUCCCAGUCUAACCAGGGUAGCCCCAUCAGCCACAGUAGCCUGCUUCACCCCCAGAACCAGGCGCAGAGCACCUUGCUGACAGAGGGGCAGGCCGGCCUUGCCGUCUCCAUCAGUGGGGGCAUCGGGCUGGCUGGGGAGCCCAACAGCCUCUCGUCCAUUAAACACCAGCUUCAGUCGCCCAGCGGCAAUGUAUCUAUGCAAAUGAACUCAACAGACUCUCCCCUGUACUCAAGCCUGAACAGUGGUGGGAUCUGCCCCCCGACAACAGGCCAGGACCGUUUCCCCAGCGACCUGGACUUGGACAUGUUCAACGGCAGCCUGGACUGCGACAUGGACACCAUCAUCCGCAAUGAUCUGAUGGAUGCCGAUGGCCUGGACUUCAACUUUGACUCGCUCAUCUCCACCCAGAACACGUCCAACUUGAGUGUGGGUGGCUUCGCGAACCCUAAUCAGACCUCCCAGAGCUGGGUGCCCGGAUGAAGGGCAGUUAGCUUCAAGGGGCAGAAAGGGGCAACGGGGGUCUCUGCUGUGCAUGUGAAGACCCAACAUGAUCUCCUUUGCCAAACCAGCUGUCAGCAUGAUGUGGGUACAGUUUACAGAUCACAAACUCACAAACCGGCGACACAAACCCCCAUUUCCACAGAAACCAGUACACAAAAUUAAGAAGACAACUGCUUCAGCAUCUCACACCUUUCCCUGCAGGAGCCUAAAAACGGACUCAUUUCAAAAUUAUGCAAUCUUGUUUGGAAAUGUAAACUUAUACAUACAUAUUGGAAAACUAUAGCUUUUUUUAAGAGUAAAACAACCUUGCCAGUAUAUUGUAGCCACUCACAAUCCAAUAAUUUCUGGGAAAAAAAAAUUAAGUGUGGUGUUAUCUAAUACAGUGGUUUCUGGGAUGUUUCCAUCAUUUUCUUGAACUUUAUCUCAGCGAUUAUAAUGUUAAAUGUUUCCACUGGCUGUGUUUUAUUGCCAUUCACCAGAUGCAUUUUCAAAGCCUUGGUUUGACCAGCUAGGAAAUGAAUGCGGCUUCCCAGCGCCUGACUGAUCUUGCCCUUGACGCGAGAGCCUGCUGAAGCUCUGUUUCACUUUAGUUGAAAUUGCUGUGCAACUUUGUGUUCUGGCUAAAAUAAGUCUUGUCAUUGUUUAAAAUCCUCCUAUUCGAUUUGCAUAAUCCAAGCUGAAGAUUGAGGGGAUAUCAAUUGUGUCUGUGAUGAAGUCGUAUGGCAAGGGAGCCCCUUAGGGGGGGGGGGGGGGGG